AUAUAUAAAAAGUAUCACCAACAACAAUAUGGAAUCGUGGUGGGCACAUGUCCAUUUCUUGCUAACCAUAAUAAUGAUAAUGGCUUAUGACACAAUUCCCUCUUAACCUUCAUCUUCUUCUUCGUCAUAUGCUUAUUGCAAUAAAAACCCCAAAUUUUCUAUUCAAAACCCUAACCCUAACCCUCACACUCAUCUCUAUACUUCUUCUGGUUAACAUGGAUCAGUGGAAACCGAAGCUCGAAUUGCAUCAACGGCAAGACAAUCAACAUCAUUAUAUUCCCAAUGAUCGAAGAGAGAUGACUGAAGUAGAAGUUAAGGAUACAAACGAAGCUAGAAAAGUUCAGAAGGCCGACCGUGAAAAAUUGAGGAGGGACCGACUAAAUGAGCAGUUUAUCGAGUUGGGAAACGUUCUUGGCCAAUAUGCAGAUCCAGACAGGCCCAAAAAUGACAAGGCCAGUAUCAUCAUCGACACCAUUCAAGUACUAAAGGAUCUGACAGCUGAAGUUAAACGAUUAAAAGCCGAAUGCAGAGCACUAUCUGAAGAAUCAUGCGAGCUUACACAGGAGAAAAACGAACUCAGAGAGGAGAAAUCAUCACUGAAAUCCGAUAUAGAAAACCUUAACGCACAGUAUCAGCAAAGAGUCAGGGUUAUGCCUCCAUGGGGUGCCAUCAAUCCUUCUUCAGUCGUUAUGCCACAAGCGUUUCCAGUCGCUUUACCCAUCCAUACGGGCCCCAUCCCAUUGCACCCGUUUUCUUUUUUCACAAAUCAUAAUCCACCUGGCGCUGUUCCAACAUCCGCUCCGGCUUUCAUGCCGUAUCCGAAUCAGACAAUUCCUGUAUAUGCAAAUGUAGCACCUACCUCAUAUAGUCGUUUUAGGGGUCAUGAUAAUGAAAAACGGGAUGAUUCUAGUGACUUGGUAACAGAAUUAGAGCUUAAAACUCCAGGAUCAAGAUCUGGGCAGGAACCGUCGGGUGGAGAUAAGAAAGGGAAGCAACUGGAAGGGGGUUGUUCAAGCAGUAGACAAACGUCUUCUUCAAAUAGUGUGGUGGACAACAAUGGAGGGGUCUGACAACCCGCCCGUUUUGCCAAGCUUAUAGAACCGGAUCGAGUUCUUUAUAUCAGUCUCCUUGGACCAUUUGGGGAGAUUAUGGAAAGAUCCAUGGAAAGGACUCGUAUGCCUACGGUCUAAGAGUUGGUUUUUACGAUUUGGUGCAGUUUAACUUCCAAAGGUGGAAAAUAGUUACUUGUAUGGUCUCAUUAACCGGUUAGACAUAACUCGUUAGAUAACCAGAGCGCAUCAUAGCUGUAAGUUGUCUUGAUCAGAUUCGGCCAGUGUUGUACAGUAAAUGAUCAAGAUUUUUAGCAUCUCGAAAGGCAUUUUUUAAACCGUUUGGAAUCCUGCAAGAACAUUAAACACCUUAUUCUAUAAUAGAAAAAGGUCCACUCUAGUAGCAAA